CACCAAAAUAAAAACGAGACACCCGCUGCCUUCUUUCUGAUUGACGCCGUGUGGGAAUAUUCGACCACUCAGUGAAACCGAUUUCUCUUUUUUAUUCUGAGUGACAACGUGGUAGUUUCUGUUAGCGGAACGGUUUAUAUUCUAGCACACGGAACCAGAAAAGUUGGAGGCGGAAAUUAAAUCUGUAAACAAACGGUUACAGGUUCGAAGCGGUUACAGUACGUGUACAUUGACCGUCUGCUGAGCCCAAAGAAAAUGUUUAAGAACACAUUCCAGAGCGGUUUUUUAUCUAUUUUAUAUAGUAUCGGCAGCAAACCUCUCCAGAUAUGGGACAAAAAGGUGAGAAACGGUCACAUAAAGAGAGUCUCGGACAAUGACAUACAUUCAAAUGUGCUGGAGAUUGAGGGAACAAAUGUCAGCACCACCUACAUAACAUGCCCCGCAGACCCCAAGAAGACCCUGGGGAUCAAACUCCCCUUUUUGGUGAUGAUCAUUAAAAACCUCAAGAAAUACUUCACCUUUGAGGUCCAGGUUCUGGAUGAUAAAAAUGUUCGCCGGCGGUUUCGAGCGAGUAAUUAUCAGAGCACGACGAGGGUGAAGCCCUUCAUCUGCACCAUGCCCAUGAGGCUCGAUGACGGCUGGAACCAGAUUCAGUUCAACCUGUCCGACUUCACCAGGAGGGCUUAUGGAACCAAUUACACAGAGACGCUACGUGUACAGAUUCAUGCUAACUGUCGGAUAAGGAGGGUGUAUUUCUCCGACAGACUGUACUCUGAGGAUGAGCUUCCAGCUGAGUUUAAACUCUACCUGCCUGUCCAGAAUCAGAAGGCCAAGCAGUAGAGCUUCUUGCGGUGUGCAGCCCCCGGA